UUAUUGGAGCCUACUCUAAUACUCAAUUGAUAGUGAUCACAACAUCAUAAUGAACACGAGGGAAAUCGUGCUGGAGUUCAGUUGUUGUUGCCUCGCGACUACCCUCACUUGAGAUCAGAUUGCACCACAUACAGCAGUUCCUGUUUGAGUUGAGAUAAAAGUACGUUCCUAUGGUGAUUUAACUGCACUCCCAACUCCGGUGGACAGCUAACUGUUCAGUAUCCAUCAUGGCUCCUUGGGAGAGGCAAGGAUUCUGGGGUCCGCCGACCUCAACCUUAGACUGGUGUGAAGAAAACUAUGUUGUCUCCUCUUAUAUCGCAGAAUUCUGGAACACCGUGAGCAACCUGAUCAUGAUUCUACCUCCAAUUUAUGGUGCCAUACAGGCUCUCAAAGAUGGCCUUGAAAUCUGUUAUUUACUUUCAUUUUUGGGACUUGCAGUGGUCGGUAUUGGCUCAUGGUGCUUCCACAUGACUUUGCAGUACGAGAUGCAGUUACUUGAUGAGUUACCCAUGAUCUACUGCUGCUGUGUCUUUGUCUACUGCCUAUGUGAAUGCUUCAAGCAGGAGAAGUCAAUCAGCUGUUUGCCCAUAGUGAUAUUACUUGCGUUCAGCGUUAUAGUGACUGUGGUAUACCUACAGUGGAAGGAGCCUGUAUUUCAUCAGGUCAUGUAUGGAAUAAUGGUGGGAGCCUUAGUUUUUCGUUCUGUCUUCAUAGUUUCAUGGGUAUAUCCAUGGCUCAGACCACUGUGCUACACAUCUUUAGGUCUGUUCCUGUUGGGCUUCAUUCUGUGGAACAUAGACAAUCUCCUGUGUGAUACACUAAGAGCAACUCGAGAAAGGCUGCCCCCCAUUGUAGGUGCAGUUACUCAAUUCCAUGCCUGGUGGCACAUUCUAACAGGCGUGGGAUCCUACCUGCAUAUUCUCUACAGCAUCCAGAUAAGACGCACCUACCUCAAACACAGACCGAAAGUGCAGUUUAUAUGUAGAUUUUGGCCCCUGAUUGACACUGAGUCCCAGAAGAGCAGCUGAGGGUGAGUUGGCAUCAGAGACAAUGCUGCCUCUCCACACAAGCUGUGGUGGCAUGUCGUGUGGCCGCACUGGAAUUCCGAUGACUUCAGUAAACUCACAGAGGCUUCGAAGAGGCUUCUCUCCCAUCAGCUCAGCCAAAAGAAUUCCUCUUCUCAGCCACACAGAAUUCUCAAGAUUAGUGUUCUCUAGGAAAUGAGUAGCUGUGUUUUCAUGAUACUUAAUGGAGUAGGCCAGAUGUCAGUGGUGAACAUGUCAGGAACUUUUCACAUUGAUCAUUAAUCAUUUUAAUCAUUAUAUUCAUACAGUGCACGCACAUACACAUACACACACACACACACACACACACACACACACACACACAUACACGUACACACACACAUCACAUGCACUCAGGAGAUUUAAGGGCUUAUGCAUGACGUGACCCUUGACAAAGGGAAACAAGCUUUGGUUGCUUUCUUCAACAUGGGAAGAAACGAAUUUAAGUGAUGCUUACUUGUUUCUAGUUUAUUAUGAAUAUUAUAGACCUUUUAACAUAAAUAUGGUUCUGGCAGAUGCUAGAGAUUAUGUUAUUCUGAAUUAUAAUUUUUGUGGUUUUUAGCAUCCAGGGGGUUCUUGAUGCUACCUAUGCCAAUAUUAUGUCUGGAGGAGACCAUAGGCAAUGUUUGUGCUGGUCACAAACAGAUUAAACCAAAGGGAAUGUUAUGCCAUUACAUUAUGUCAUUUUAUUUAUUGUUUUUAAAAGUAGAUGUGUUGUGUAUGUUAAAUUCAUUUGCACAAUUUGGUGCAAGAAGUGCAUCUCAAUGAUUAUCACAAAUCUUUUUUUCUCAGUUUUUUUUUUUACUGCACACUGUGGGACUGAAAUGAUCUGACUCAGAUCUGAUGUGAUCUGGUAUCUGUUAUGUGCUAUUACCAAGAUACACAAAGUUCAAUGAUAGAGGAUACUCACAAAUAACUUCCACAUCCACUGACAUAACUAUGGUGGGAUUUCUUCGUUCAUCAGCUGUAGAGGCCUUCCUUGGCCUAGCAGGACCUUUGUGAUUACAGUUGAUUUUUGUAAGUCUAAGGUUUGGCCUAUGUGUUUUUUUUUUGUUUUUGUUUUUUCUCAGCCUCGUGAUGGCUUUUUUUUUACUUUCAUUGGCAUAACUCUGGUCCUCAUGUUGACAAACGUUAGUAACUGACUCCAAAGGCAAUCAAAAGCCUAGAAUCAAAACUAGGUACUGAAAGCAAUCCUAUACCUGCAGAAAGGAAGUAGCUGAACACACCUGACUGAUCAGGAACAACUGUGAACGCAUUUGUCCCAAACAACUUGGUGCCCUGAAAUAGGGGGAUAUAUGUAUAAAAAGUGAUGUCAUUUCUACGUGGUGAAACCAAUAUGUAUAAAAAUACCAUUUAAUAAAUGCUGAUAAUCUGCACUUUAA